GCCGUGGCUCGCUCGUGUGCACAUGCGAGACUGCGCGCGCGUCCGUCUCUCGCUCGCAAUCAUCUCUUGGUUCGCCGGUACGCUCUGUGUAUUAACGACGCGUUCUCUUCUGGAUAUCGAGCCGUAUAGCGUGUGAGUUUUUCCUCUCGAUAAGAGAGCCUCAUGUUGAAAGAUCUAGUCGAUCAGUUUGACUCGUGACUAUCGUACGAGAAGGAUCGUUUUCUCUCAAUCGGAUUAUCGUGUCAACGUUUUUUUCGCAACUUCGGAAAACUUCCUUACGAAGAUUCUCUUUUUUUCUAAAUCGUUUUUAUACUCUUCUGACAAAAUCAUUUUACCGCAUCGUACAGUGAAACGUACAGUGAAUAAGUUUUUUAGAGUUCAUCUUUAUCGGGGCAUACACGAUUGGUGCACGUGUGCAUCCGUGGUCCCGGUGCGCACGGUAUAUCGGAGCUUCGAUCAACGAGAGAAGCCCGACACCUCGUUAGCGUCACGGAUAUAUUACAUAGUCGGCACGAAAAGCUUUGACAUUUGGCAAAUGUCAGUGACAGUCGCUGGCGGAGCGGCUUCCGCGUAAUCGGAGCGUGGUUCGUGAUAAACGAUAAGGAAAACGGUCGUUGUAGUUCGUUUCAGUGUUUCCCAUUUCGACAUACGAAUCCGGCCGGUUGUUUUCAUUAAUCUCGUGCUACAAGAUCGAAUUCGAGAAGAGACAUGUGAUCUUGUGUUGGAUACGAGUAAGGAAUAGAAUCGAGAAGAAGCAUCAACUGGUCUGGUCUCCGAAGGCUCAAAAGUCUUGAAGAUGGACUGGAUGAGGAGACAGGACAUUAAGGAGGAGUCACCGGAAACUCCUACCGCUCUGACACCGGAUGAACCUGACGAGUGCUACUUCGAGGAAGACACCUCGAUAGACGAGGGCAUGGGUCUGGACAAUGUGAGCUCAGCGACCCUCAGGCCUUUCAACUCGGACAUCAACACGCCGAGAAUCGAUAGCUAUAGGUUCUCCAUGGCAAAUCUGGAAGAUUCUCAGGAUGUCGAUCUGGAUGCUAUCCUCGGAGAGCUGUGCGCUCUGGAGCGCCGCUGCGACGGCGACAUCGCUUCUACACCUGCACCCGAUUCGCAGAGACAGGGCCGACCUAACAGCACCAGAAUCACUGCUGGGGACAAUACCGAUAUCGGGAAAAAUGAAGGAGCUAUGCGCACCGAUAGUCCUGACAAUGACAGCGCGUUCUCGGACACGGUGUCGAUGCUAUCCAGCGAGAGUUCCGCGAGUAGCAGCGGUUCCGGACACAAACCACCUCAGACCGCCAUGCACACAGGUCCUCAGCAACAAUCUCAUCAACUCAUGGACGCUGCAAGCCGAGUCAAGGCAGAAAAAAUCCGCUUGGCGUUGGAAAAGAUGCGCGAAGCCAGCGUUCAAAAGCUCUUCAUCAAAGCGUUCACCUUGGACGGCAGUGGUAAAAGUUUGCUUGUAGACGAAGGAAUGAGCGUAGCGCACGUGUGCAGGCUUCUAGCUGACAAAAAUCACGUGCCAAUGGAUCCAAAGUGGACGGUGGUCGAGCAUUUGCCUGAUCUUUUCAUGGAGAGGGUAUACGAAGAUCACGAGUUGCUGGUAGAAAAUCUUUUACUGUGGACCAGAGACUCGAAAAAUAAGCUGCUUUUCGUCGAGAGGCCAGAGAAAACUCAAUUGUUUCUUACUCCAGAGAAAUUCCUUUUAGGUCCAUCCGAUAGGAGUAGCGGCGAAUAUGACGAUCAUUCGCGUAAUAUUCUUUUAGAAGAAUUCUUUUCUAGCAGCAAUGUUGGCGUACCAGAGGUUGAAGGGCCAUUGUAUCUGAAAUCUGACAGCAAAAAGGGAUGGAAAAGGUACCACUUUAUUCUACGAGCAUCCGGCCUCUAUUAUUGGCCAAAGGAAAAAGCUCGCACCGCUCGUGACCUGAUUUGUCUGGCUACUUUCGACGUGAAUCAAAUUUACUACGGCAUUGGUUGGAAGAAGAAAUACAAAGCCCCAACAGACUUCUGUUUCGCUGUCAAACAUCCCAGAUUGCAGCAGCCAAAAUCGACAAAGUACAUCAAAUUCCUCUGCGCUGAGGAUAAUGCGUCGUUGGAACGAUGGAUGGUUGGAAUCAGGGUGGCCAAAUAUGGAAGACAGUUGAUGGAAAAUUACAGAACCCUGGUUGAUGAACUUGCCCAGGAGGAUCUCGACAUGCUGGCCCACGCAAGAUCCUGUUCUGUUAGCUCGAUCGCUGUACCGGCACAGAAUCAAACUCAGUACAACACGACCAACGAUAACGCUCGUCAGUUCACGGAGAAUUCAAGGCACAACGCGGAAGUAGCUAAUACUAGACAGUAUGACAGCCAGAGGCAAAGUUACAAUUCUGAACAACGACAAAGUUAUAAUAACGAUGGUAGACUGAGCAGAGCCAGCAGCUCGAGUUCCAGUGGAUGCCUUUCUGAUGGAGCACCCAGUAGUUGCGAGGUAGCUUUCGAGUGUGGCGAGUUUCCAACAGGUACGAUAAAAAGGAAGCCCUCGAUGAAUCCGAAAUUGCCCUUAACAUCGAUCACGAGACAAUUGAAGGAAGUAGGUGAAACAGUUCGCGAUGAGCCGGAUUCUUGUCCGAGUCCAACGAGCUCAGGUUCUGGAACAUUGACCAGAAGGCAUAGUCGAAGAAGAAGCGGCACUGAUUCGGAUGGAUCUGGAACUUUGAAGAGACAUCACCGAUCUGGCAAUGCGACUCCAGUAAGUCCUGUACCGCCUGGCACACCGGUUAGGGAACGAGCAAGUCCAAUGGGAUACAACAGAUCAGAGAAUCAGGAACCGAAGACACCAACGAGUCCGAUACCAUCGUGUAUGAUGGAUUCGAUCACUUCGUUACCACCACCACCAUCACCCUCAAGAGUGGCGGAGGAAGGAGAAUCCGACAAUGAGCCACUUCCUCCACCUCCACCAGAAAUGUUCCGAUCGAAUCUCUCCCUGGAUUCUCUACCACCGCCUCCAGCACCUGGUGAACUGCCAAUGUGCAACACUCCAGAGCUCACGGGUUCUUCGUUAAGUCUGGCAUCUCUUCCGCCACCUCCAAGUCCUUUAGUCGGUGAAACAGGAACUAUCCGACGCGCUAGGCCCAAACAAUCCACACCUACAAACUCAGUAACUCCAGAGAGCACGCCAACUCACACGUCAUCUAGACCGUCGACCAAUCAGCAGAUGUAUUCGAAUCCAAGCAACUCGACGAUACAGAAUAACCAGAGCUAUAGUUCAAAUACACAAAACGCUCUUCACGCGAACAACGCGACAAAUUCGGUACCCUCUCCGCAUAGUUCCUAUCCAGGGUCCAGCGCCAGCACACCAACGUACGUUCCAAGUUCACCAAACUUUGCCUCGCCUCCCCCAUUCGUUCCUCCGCCAGCUUAUGGAUCCCAGCAACAGCACGGCAACAGUUCAAGCCUGACGAGACAAAACUCAAAGGUAGAAUCGAUAUACGGAACCCAUCCGACGGUUCACCAACACAACACGGUUCAACCAAUCAGGCCAAAUCCGAACAUGGACACUGUGCGACGAAGUGCCAUGAAGCAAGGUUCCGGACAUUACGCGGCUCCUCCUUAUCUAGCAGAGUUGAAAGCUGCCUCGAGUCCCCAGCCUCAGCGUAGAGUAACUAUUCAAGAACCACCAACGUCGCCCAAAUCGAAGACGGGUACUGGCAAGAAGAUCACGUUCAAUCUUCCGCCUCAGCAGGAACCAGGGAGUCCAGCUUUGCCACAGCGAAAACCGAUGCCACCGAGAAGGUCGGAUAGCACGAGGCUCACAUCUCCCAAGAAGCUUGCCGCAUCUGAUCAGGCACCUCCGGGUGAUUUCUUAAAGGAUCUUCAGAGAGUAAUGAGGAAAAAGUGGCAGGUUGCGCAGAAAUGUAAACUGGAUUCGACCACCACUCCUCACGAAGUUCUUGGUUUUCGCGAUCCACCGCCUGCUGUGGCUGAUUACAGAGAGACCAACGUGUCGAACUGGGUUCAGGAACACUAUGGAGCUGAUAAUUUAUAUGAGAAUGUCUACGCGACGGAUCCACACGCUCCAGUGGAGUACGCAUCCAGUCCAGCCCGGCAAUCAACUGUCAGGUUCGCAGAUGAGAAUCGCAGCAUUAAUAUCGUGAACGCGAUCGCCAGUAAAAGAAGGCCACCUCCGCCACCACCGAAAAGGGCAGAAACUACUCAUCUGACCACCACCAGGGCGAUGCACUGACAAUAGCAGAUACUUCAGCCCCAUCCCGAAAGGCGAUGGUUUUGCUGUUUGUGCAGCUGGUGGAAGGGCUAACAGAGGGCGAGUGUACGAGGUCCUAAUAAUCGAGUCUACACGUUGAUCGUUCUCUGUGUCUAUCGUAUGCCUUCGAACGAGGCGACGAAGAGAAAAGCGGAAGAUCGACGAUUAUCCUUGAAGAGAAGUUGAGCUUUAUGUUGUUCGUCGUACGUCGCCAGUGUUUUGCAUUGAAUCACACGGCUUGCCUGGAAAAUCCUUUGGUGUCUACCCAGAAAUUCAAACAGCUGCGGCCCGUUUUCUAGGAUAAUCGAUGUACAAUCGUAGGGUCUCGAGGACAAACAGUCCGAUCGAUACUGCCAAUCGAAACUGAUCACGACGAACCGAGUUGACGGGUCACAGGCUCGAGCUCGGCCGGUCGAAUAUAGGAGAAUUUUCUUUAGCAACAAGUUUUUUGGUAUACCGCGAAUCGGAGCUGCGGAUUAACUUAUCAACGAGUAUCGAUGUCAAACAUCAAUCUCAGCGCCGAUAUGUCGACGGCCGAUCAAGUUUAGGGCGUAAAAGAAACAAAUACUGCCGUAUAUAUUGAGGAUGUGAUAUAAUAAGUCUUAAGCUGCUAAUUUUCGUUGUCCCUUCGGGAGCUUGGGACGAUUGUCGAUUUCCAAGCGAUUUCGAUGUCGAUUUUCAUUUCGAUACCGCCACCAACUUGCGAUCUUUUCGGUUGGUGAUGAACCGAUUUAAAAAUGAUAAAAAAAAAAUGAAAAAAAAAAAAAGAAAGAAAGAUGAGAAAAUAAACGCACGAGAAUCGCGAUCGCAUUUCUCUGUGCAAAUUAAAUAAUCCAGAGUUCACUAGGCUUAGCUAAGUAUCUCUGAUAUUCGCUGACGCUCGUUAAAUAAGAUGAAAGGACGGUUGUUUUUUACAUUAUUCCAAAGGACAACAAUUGUAUCGUGACGUGAAUAAAAUGAAUAUGAACGAUGAAUACAAACGAGAUGGAGAUUUUGUUACUUUGUGGAGGAGGAGAUGUUCCUCGUACACAUGAAAUGAAAAAAACGAAAACAAGAGGAAAAAGACACCGUUCACAGAACCAUACGCAAGACGAACACGUACUGCGUUUUUUAAAAGCCUCGUACAUAGGUGUGUAUGUAUAUAAAUGAAACACGUAUGAGCGUUUAUAUCAAUAUAUCGACUUUUUGAUGCUGUA